AUGACAUUUAAUGCUGCUGACACAUCUUCUGUAGGAGGCAGUUUCAAAAAUCCCAGUGAUUUCCACCUCCUGGUUCAUUCAUUUUGUGUGUGUUUUUUCCCUCACCUUGGUUGUCUUUUGCAGAUUACAUCUCGUCUAGCAGAUGUGUUCAACCAAAGGUGUGAAGUGAACCGAAGGGCUUCUGUGAGUGGCUGUGUCAUUGACACCUGUGGCUGGGUCAAGGGCUCCAGUUACCAGGCCCUGGUGCAUGCAGCUUCAGCCUUUGAGGUAGAUGUGGUUGUGGUUCUGGAUCAAGAACGACUUCACAAUGAACUGAAACGGGACUUGCCCCACUUUGUGUGUACUGUGCUGCUCCCUAAAUCAGGGGGUGUGGUGGAGCGCUCCAAGGAUUUCCGGCGGGAAUGUAGGGAUAAGCGUAUCCGUGAGUAUUUCUAUGGAUUCCGGGGCUGUUUUUAUCCCCAUGCCUUCAAUGUCAAAUUUUCAGAUGUGAAAAUCUACAAAGUUGGGGCACCCACCAUUCCAGACUCCUGUUUGCCUUUGGGCAUGUCUCAGGAGGACAAUCAGCUGAAGCUAGUACCUGUCACCCCUGGCCGAGAUAUGGUGCACCACCUCCUGAGUGUCUGCACCGCUGAGGGCACGGAGGAGAACCUCUCUGAGACCAGUGUGGCCUUCAUCAUCGUGGUGACCAGUGUGGACCUGGAGCAUCAAGUGUUUACUGUUCUCUCUCCAGCCCCCCAUCCACUGCCUAAGAACUUCCUUCUCAUCAUGGAUAUCCGGUUCAUGGAUCUUAAAUAGAGAUCAGGGAGUCUUGCUGCCUGGGGCAUGGAGAUCUGUGGCCAUCACAGAGACAGAUGGGCUGAAGAGGGAGAGUCUUUUGAGGCCAGGCUGACCAGUAAAUGGUGGACUAGUAAAAAGCAUAUAUUCUACCUCUUAAAACAGGUGGUGGUAACUUAACUACUAAUCUUGAGCCAAAAGGAAAACCAUGAGACUAUGAUUGGUUUCUUAGAUCACCUAAGGUGCCACUUCAAAUUCUCUAAGGCCCUGGAGAAUCCCAUUUCUUUAACCAGGUACUGUGUGGACUCAUUUUUUAAAAAAAUCA